GGAGCUGCGGGCUCUGGUCAUCGACAUGGUCCUGGCCACCGACAUGUCCUGCCACUUCCAGCAGGUCAAGUCCAUGAAGACGGCGCUGCAGCAGCUGGAGAGGCUGGACAAGUCCAAGGUGCUGUCGCUGCUGCUGCACGCGGCCGACAUCAGCCACCCCACCAAGCAGUGGGCGGUUCACAGCCGCUGGACCAAGGCGCUCAUGGAGGAGUUCUUCCGGCAGGGGGACAAGGAGGCCGAGCUGGGGCUGCCCUUCUCGCCCCUCUGCGACCGCACCUCCACGCUGGUGGCCCAGUCGCAGAUCGGGUUCAUCGACUUCAUCGUGGAGCCCACGUUCUCGGUGCUCACCGACGUGGCCGAGAAGUUGGUGACGCCUCUGGCCGAGGACGGCUCCAAGGCCAAGGGCAACCCCGCGACCCCCCAGCAGCCCAGCUCGCAGUGGCGGCAGCCGUCCCUGGAUGAGCACCUGGAGCUGGGGGACAUCAAAGCCGACCUGGCCGGGUUCCGCUCCACCUGGACCAAGCACAUCCAGGAGAACAAGCAGAAGUGGAAGGAGAGGGCGGCCAGCGGCAUCACCAACCAGGCGUCCAUCGAUGAGCUGUCGCCGUGCGAGGAGCCCGCGGCCCCCGGCGCGCACAGGGAGAACGGGGACGUGGAAUAGCAGCGGGAGGAGCGAGGUCCUCGUCCGGCCGAGUGACAGCGUCUUGUCCAAAGUCUUCGAUGCCAUCGAGUUCAGCACCAUCCGCAGGGCUGGAGCCCCCCGGGGCCGGGCUGGGAUCGGUGCCACCCCCUCCCCGUGCCAGGAUCGGUGUCACCUCUGUGCCAGGAGCCCCCCCGGGAUGUCCCCGCUGUCGCCGGUCCCUCACUGCCACCCCCGGCCCCCCCGCCGGGCUCCAUCCUUCGGGAUUUUUAAAAAACGCUUUUCCAGCCCCGCUCGGGAGGGGCCGGGCCGGGGCUGGUGGCGCUGGGGACAGCCCGGAGGGACCCGCGGUCAACGCCAGGGCCACCGCCAUCCCCUCUGUGCCCGCCGAGCCUGGCUGGUGACACCGGGAGGGUGACCCUGGGACCUGUCCCCAACCCGGGACAGCGACAGGGAGGGGACAGGGAGGGGACAGAGA